AAACAUCCCCAUUCUCGCUCAUUGCACCUUAUCAUCUCUCCCUCUCUCCCUCUCUCUCUUCUCGCAAAAAGUCAGCGCCUUCUUUUGUCUUUCUCUCUCAAAGCAGCACGGUGCUGCUGACAUUUUUCAGAGCCUGUCUCUAGUUGCGGUUAUGGAGGACGAUUGGGAUCUGCACGCCGUCGUCAGAGGAUGCUCCACCGUCUCCUCCUCAUCUUCCUCCGGCUCUUCCUCCGCCGUCACCGCCACCUCCUCAGCAUCUUCCUCUGUUUUUGGGCUUCCUAUGUUUGUUGGGACGGAAAAAGUUAGCCAGGUCUUGCCCCUCUCAGAUUUAGACCCUCUUGAAGCCAGACCUUCUUCCUCCAUUGAAGAAUUGCACGAGCUCUGUAAGCCUUUCUUCGCCAAAUCAACCAAGCCUCCUUCUUCAUCGUCUUCUCUAGUUUCUCCCCUCUCUCCUUCUUCUUCCUCCUUCUCCUACAAUUCUCCCUCUGCCCCCGCCAAACCUGUUCAGACACCGCACAAACAACAGAAUCUGCAGCCUAAGAAUAAGAUGUCUCAUCCUGGUCCUGUUUCCACUACCCCAAGAUCUAAAAGAAGGAAGAAUCAGCUUAAGAAAGUUUGUCAGGUUCCAGCCGAGUCUCUCUCCUCUGAUAUCUGGGCAUGGCGGAAAUAUGGCCAGAAACCCAUCAAAGGCUCUCCAUAUCCGAGGGGAUAUUACAGAUGUAGCAGCUCGAAAGGAUGCUUGGCUCGGAAACAAGUCGAGAGGAACAGAUCGGACCCAUCGAUGUUCAUAGUCACCUACACGGCGGAGCACAACCACCCUGCUCCUACUCAUCGGAACUCUCUCGCCGGUUCCACCCGCCAGAAGCCCUCGACAACCGCCGGCGAUGGCUCCGGCUCCGGCGUUGAAACAGACAAAGCCCCGGCGAAAGUCGGUUCUCCGGCGACCUCUGGUGUGGAAGAAGAAGACACAGUACCUCAAAGCACAGGCCUCGAAAGCAAGGUGGAAAUGGAAGAUUUGAUGGAGGAAGAGGAAGACGAUGAGCUUGGGUUAUCAGAUUCGGUGUUAACAGAUGAUUUCUUCGAAGGGUUAGAUGAACUUACGGGGCCGUCACCUCCGGCGGCGGAGCCCAUUCCCGGAGACUGCUUCGCCGAACCCUUCUCUACUGGUUUCACUCUCCCGGCGUGGCCGACAACAAACGCUGCCGCCACCACCGCCGGCGGCAAUUGUUGAUUCAUUUGGUGGCUCUCUGCGUACAAGUGACAUGUGAUCUGCUGCAUAUAUACAAUGAUUCAGAUUUAACUUGUACAUUUAGAAUUCAUUAUGUGCAGAUCAAAUCUGGUUCAUUGCAUGUAUGUAUUAAAAAACAGUUGACAUUUUUUUCAAAAAUGUUUUUAGUUUUAAAUUUUCUGUAGAGGUGGAACAAUUUGGAGGAAUCUUCACUAACAAAUGGAAGAAAAGUUGCUUGUCUUCCAUAAUUUCCAGUACAGUGAGAGCUGAAGAGAAGGUAGAUUAGGGAUUUUAUGUCUUUGUUAAUUAAUAUCAGUAGAAUUAAUUAAGGAAUUGUUAGCGAAUGAUAUCUUUGAUAUGUUUAAUAUUUAUAAUCCAAAUUUAAAUUUGAUGGGC